AUGAACUGUUCAUCACUUUCUUUAGGCAUUGACAAGCAAAUCAACCAAGGCGAAAACCUGUAUAAUAUCGCAUUCGGCACCAAGUACCAAACUGUUCAAAUCCGAAAACAUCCGCUUACGAUAAUCUUUCUUGCCACCUCAAGUGCUUCCACUGGAUUGAUUUUAAAGGAGUCGAAAGAGCUCGAUACUUACUUUUCUCAGCUGCAGACGAACGCGAGAACGCACCUCCAGAUUCAAAACUAG